GCAGUGUAUGCAUCACAAGAGAAGAGGCUGACAGCAUAGCAAAGAGCAAAAACAGAUGCGUCUGUUAUUAGUGCUUAAUUAAUCCACUUUGGCCUAGUUUUAGUUGUAAAUCCACAAACAUGGAGUUGUCUGAAAUACUGUACAACAAAGCGGAGUACAUAGAAACGGCUUCUGGGAACAAAGUGAGCAGACAGUCAGUGCUGUGUGGGAGUCAAAACAUCGUCCUCAAUGGCAAAACUAUAGUGAUGAAUGACUGCAUCAUCAGAGGAGACCUGGCUAAUGUGAGGGUGGGCAGACACUGUGUUGUGAAGAGCCGGAGCGUCAUUAGACCACCUUUCAAAAAGUUCAGCAAAGGAGUGGCGUUCUUCCCUCUGCACAUUGGAGACCACGUCUUCAUCGAGGAGGACUGUGUGGUCAAUGCAGCGCAGAUCGGUUCCUACGUCCACAUUGGGAAGAACUGUGUCAUAGGUCGUCGUUGUGUGCUGAAGGACUGCUGUAAGAUCUUAGACAACACCGUGCUCCCUCCUGAGACUGUGGUGCCACCGUUCACUGUCUUCUCUGGAUGCCCAGGUUUAUUUUCAGGGGAGCUUCCAGAGUGCACACAGGACCUGAUGAUUGACGUCACAAAGAGUUACUACCAGAAGUUUCUGCCCCUCAGUCAGAUCUAAUCUCAAACUGAACCUUCAGCAGGACCCACACCCUUUCCAGCCUGCUCCAACUCCAGGUCCAGAUCUUUGUCCGGUCCCUAGACUUUGUUAAGCUUACCUUCUGCACUCAGAGGCCGUGGAUUUCUCAGACCAAGAAAAAAACAUACAGUUCCAUUCAAAGCUAAAAUAUGAAGUUACUCUGGAAAAGCUCUAAAAUCAAGUCAUGCAGCCGGUGUGUGAAUGCAGGGAGAGUUUUAAAGUUAUUUAAUUCACAGAUCACAUGUUUACACAGCAUGUUUGUGCAUAACAUAUCAACCAGUCCGGUGUGUAGAGAGAUUCACGGUCCUCUGUGUAGCUGAGCAAUCACUGUUGUAGCUUUAUGUAGGUGGAGAUGAAGAAGGGUGUACGUUUAGAUUUGACAUUCAUGGACCAAAACAACAGCAAACACAACAGAUGUUUGAUUAUUAAUGUCUACACUUCAUAAGGCAAAUAAUGCAGAAAAACUUAGACGAAUGCUUCUGUUAUUUUAUUUUUGAGCUAUCUUUUUUUUCUUUUAAAAAUCUUUUUUUUUUCCUUUGCUUCACAGUUUUUGUAAUUUGUCAUGAAACUUAUUUAAUACUGUGUUUAAAUUUAUUUCCAUACAUUCAGGAAGUCCCAUGUAAAGUCUGGAAUAGUUCAACUAUUGAAUAAAUACUAAAUGGAUACCUCUAA